UUUUGCCAUUUCUUCUUCUUCUUCCAUAUCCUCUAUUUCUUUUUCAUUCUCUGUAGCGUUCCUCUGUUUUUGCUUCCUUUUUUUUUUUUUUUUUUUUUUUUUUUUUUUUUUUUUUUUUUUGUUUCUCUGCUCUCUCUCCGUUGCAGGCUCACCUUCUUCUGGUCAUUUACCCGUUGAAGAUGCAUUUUGGUAUUUGGGUUCUAAUCAUGUUGCAUGUGUUGGCUUUCACAUCAUUAGGCAUUUGCAUCUACUUCUAGAUGAAAGCAAAAGCAAUUCCAAAGACGAUAUACAACACGCAGAAGAAGCUUCAUAUUGCAAAAAUCUAUAGAUCUGCCGGAAAAAUUGCAAAAUUGCUAUUUAGUUGUAAUGCAGGUGCCUUCAAACAUAGCUCCUUUUAUAUUGUCAAGUUUGUUGCUGCCCCCACUGUUGCUUUAAUGGGUGAUGAGGACGUUCCCCUUCUUGAGAAAUGGAAUUUUGAACCAACCAUGGGAGUUGUGGAAGAUGUUCCCAAUUUUCGUGAUUGGGUAGACAAGCUAUUGAAGAUUGCUCCAAUGGAUGGUAGAUCUUGGAAGAUCCUUUCCCAACGAUUUGGUUGGAAAGUAAAAACUCAUGGAUUUGCUAUUCAAGGAGUUAUUGCCGAGGCGGUUGCGACUUCUCGUAUCUCUUUGGAAAGGGCCCAAAAAAAAAUCUUGAGUUCUUUAUCGAAGAGAAAAGCCGUUAAUGAGCAAGAUUCUGAAGAAAAGGAAGACGAGGGCUCUUUGGUAUCAAGGCCACGGGCUCGAAGACGCAUCAUUUCUUAUGAUGAAGAAGAAGUAUCCCCCAGCCGUUCUAUUCCCCUUACCGAGUCUGUUGAGGCCCUGAAAGUGAUUCUUGACGAUGAUGUGGCUCCCGCUGCUGCUCAUGCCUCUGUUGAGCAGUUUUUUAUCAGCGGGUUUGGUGGUGAAGCCUCAAGCCCAGUUUUGGAUGAAGCACCUCUGGCUUCUUUUUCUACACCCAUGUCCGUGACUCCUUCUUUACCGAUCUCGGCUGUUUCCGUUCCUCCCCUGACUGUCUUUACUACUUGUACUGUUCCUACUUCUACUGUUCCCCCUACAGUCAUUCACCAUGCUGAAGUCGGCUCCUCAAGUAGGAGUGGAGCUAUGAGGCAAGUGGUCAUUAAAGUCACCACUGAGGGCAAUCUCUUAAGAAAAUCGGGUCAAGCAGAUGUAUGACUAAAGACCUUAAUUGGACCAAUUUAAAAAGCCAAGCUAGAUAGCCAUAACUCCUUGACUUUUAUGAAUGAUAUUAUGCACGGUUUUUUAAAGGCCAAUCUUAUCGGUAUGGAGAUGAUGAAAAGGAUUGCCCUCUCAGAGUAAUUAGUGCGCGAUUCUCAAUUAGAGGCGUGCAAUUGGAAGGAGCAGUAUGAAAGCCUUCAAAUUGAUGUGGAGUACUUAGAAGAAAGUAAAAGUACCUUGGAGCAGCGGGUACGGGCCUUGAUUUCAGAGUUAGCAGUUGAAAAGGCUUCCUCAAGUCAAGCGGAUAAAAAAAAGGCUCGUCUUGAAACCUCUUUUUUCGAGCAGCUGUCCAAGGCAAGUGAAGAGAUUAGAGAGUUGAAGGCUCUCUUGGGUGAGAAAGAUGCUUAUGCUGGAGAGCUCGUGCAGAAUUUGACUCAAGCACAAGAAGACCUCCGAGCUUCUUCUGAUAAGGUUUGUGCCUUGAAAAGUUCUCAUGCCUCUCUUCAAGCUUCUUACACUUCUGCCUUGGCCGAAAAUGAGAAAUUAAAGAAUGAAAUUGCUGACUGAGAAAGGGAUUAUGAAAUCCUUAAGGAUAAAUCUGCCAUUGAAGUGAGUUGGGCAUUUUUGAAUUCUCGCCGUGAUACCCUAGUUGAAGCUAGCCAAGAGACUUUUGAUUUGGAAUCUGAGUUAGCUAAAAUCAAUGAAACUAUUGAGAAAGCUCAGCAAACUCAAGAUUUUCCUUCUCUCGUGGACGAAGCUUCCGUGAAUGUUGAAGUUGAUAUGGGUAUCCCAACUCCUUCAAGUCCAGUUGAGCCCGCUGCUGUAAACCCAGUUGAGCCCGCUGCUGUUGAUGCAUCUUCUUCCGCUCCUACAUCUUCUUAGUGAUAAGUUUAAGUCAUUUGAAUUUUUUUGUGUUGUUUUGUUUUUUGGAAAAAUUGUGGUAAAACCCUUGGCCUCAUUUGAGGGUUUGUUUUGGAAAUUCAAGUCCCCGGUCCUUUCAUGGGGCAAUUUGUAUAAACAAUUCGCAGUUUAUGACUAAGUUCGUACUUAGUCUUAAGCUAUUUAAG